AAAAAAAAGAAAAAAAAAGAAGAAGAAGAACAUAGAGUGGAAUCCCGAAUGAGCGAGCGGAAGAGAUUGAAGUUUGAAUCGAGACGCAAAGCGAGAAGAGAAAUGGAGAAGAGAGAGAGAGAGGAAAUUGAAGGUUGGAUCGGAGGAGAGGAGAGUGCAGGGGAGAUGCUAAGUAGGGUUAGCAGCGUGCGUCCUUUCUUGUUCCCUCCGCCGCUGCACAGGGUUCCUCUCCGCGUCGGCAACGUCCUCGAGCUCGUCGGCCCCUCACCUUCCGCCAAGACGCACAUUCUCAUCCACGCCGCAAUCACCGCCCUUCUCCCCAAACACUACGGCGGCCUCGACCACUUCGUCCUCUUUCUCGACCUCGAUUGCCGCUUCGAUAUCGCGCGCUUCUCGCAGUUGCUCCUUCAUCGCAUCACGGAAGACGGAACACGACAUUGUGAUCAAACGCUGUACGAUCUAUGCAUGGCUCGCUUCUUGUACGCCCGUUGUUACGACACCUUUCAAUUUCUUCACACUCUCAGGACAUUGCAUUGUCGCUUAGAGAAGGAGAAACAAGUUCAUGGAGUUGGUGUUCACCUCCUCUUGAUUGACAGCAUUGGAGCUUUUCAUUGGAUGGAUCGUGCAUCAAUGUUCUUGUCUCAAAGAGAAAACAACAAGAAAAAACUUUUCCUUCAGACCGUGUCUGAAGCCGUAGUUCAGAAUAUUAGAAAACUUCUUCAGGUGCACCCUAUGCUUGUUAUAGCUACAAAGUCAGUGAUUUUUGGGAACAAAUAUUCUACGUCUUCAAAUGAGCUCAAAGGGAAUAUGGAAGAACGAUGUUCAAGAAACGUGACAAGAAACCAUCAAACUUUUCAGUAUCGGGAAUACAUGCCAUCUGUUUGGCAGGUAAAAGUUUUGUUACUAGUACAUCUUAUACAUUUGUCAUGUGUGUGUCGGUGUGUCCCAAGACCAACUCUCCUAAGAAAGCCUAAAAAUGAGGUGAUAUAUGAAAUAUUAAUAAAAAUAAUGACAGAAAGUGGAAGAACACUAGGCAAUAAGGGAUUAGUAGGAGAGACAUGGGAAAGGGGGAGAAAGUGAGAGUAAUUAUCUGUGAUAUAUUGUUUGAACAAUCAUAUGAAUACCCUGACAAUUUUUAUUUGGAAAACAUGCUACGUAAAGUGAAGAUAUUUAUAAAUAUUUUUUGGGCAAAAGUUUAUGAUAGAUAACUAUCCACAAUUAUCUUUAUUUGUAUUAUAGAUAAGGUUUCAGAUAUGUUCUAAUAGGACUUGGAUGUUUGUCAAUACCGCUGGUUUCUGCUUAUGAUUAAUAGGACAAUAGUUAAAGGUGGGAGCUUUUAUGUUAUUAAAUUUCAGGUAGUGCUUCAAAUAACCUUCUCAAGUGCUUUAUAUUUAAUUAUUUGGAGAUGUAAAAGCAGAUGUUUACAUAUAGAAUCUUUUUUAACAGUGUUUGGUUCAAGGGGAAUGAAACGGAGGGGAGGGGUUUUUAUAAACUUUUUGUGUUUGGUUCAAUUUUUAGGAGGAAGGAGAGGAAUGGAGGGAAGCAAAGCCCCUCCUCAUAUAAUUUUAGCUCCCCUCAAAUAGUGGGAGGAUUUGGAGGGGAGGGGAGAGGAAGAAUUUUGAAACUUUUUAGUAUAAUGUCUCAAAUACCCUUAUUUAUGUUUUUAAAUUUAAAAUUAAAAGGAUAUAAAGGGAAAUGGAGGGAAGCAAAACUCUUUCUCAUCUAAUUUUAGCUCUCCUCCAAUAUUGGGGGGUGGGUGGGUUGGAGGGAAAGGAGGGAUUUUAAAACAUUUUUAGUAUAAUGUUCAAAAUAUCCUUAUCUAUGUUUUUUAAUUUAAAAUUAAAAGGAUACAAAGGUGAUUUGACUUUUAAAAUCUGUUCCUCCCUUAUGAACUAAACAAGAAAAGAACUAUCUCCCCUUCCCUUCUUUCCGCUUAGCCAAACAAAAUUUCUAAUUCCUCUUCCUCCCUCCCCCUCCCCUCCAUUAAAAUCCCUAUCCUCUCCUUUGAAACAAACACACCCUAAAUAUUGAGCAUGAUUAUAAAUAUCUAAAUAUUUGUAAUUUCUAAUUUAAUUGCUUGUUAUUUUAAUUCAGUAUUAAGAUUUCUAAUUUGACGCUGCUCCUUCAACUGUCACAGUCCUUUGUUACACACAGAAUACUUGUACGUUCUUCAGAUGAUCAUCCAGUUGCAACCAAUUAUCAAAACUCCUCAUUCUAUUUGUUGGAAUGGUUAUUGCCAAGAUUGAAUUUUGCUGAUAAGAUUGUAGUGAAAGAUG